AGCGCGUUCGGCGUUCCGCACCCUGGAGAUGCUGGCGGUCGCCGUGGCGCAGUGCUGGGCGACCCGUUGUCAGCCGCUGCGGGCACGCGCUGUGCGGACCCGGGACCUCGGCCUCCGAGUGGUGAUGCGGGAAACCUCGGACUCGAAGUUUAGGGCCGGAGAAGGCCCUUGAGUGUGCCUGAGCUCCUUCUCCCUGGACCGCACAGCCCUCGCCCUCAAGCCGCGGAGGUUUGUGCUCCCGAAACGGUGGGCGCCGGCCCCACUGGCGAACUUGGGGGCCGAGAGAAGAGCCCCCGCCCUCACCCCCUUCAUGGGCAAGAAGUCGCGGGCAGUUUUGCACACGACUUUUCAAAGAGGGAAACAGAGCUCCUCUGCAUGGAAAAUGACAUUUUUUCCUAUCAAACCCACUGCCUGGGCAUACUCCAUGAUAACAUUAGGAACUACGAUGCUGCAGUCUGUCUUCAGCUUCUACUAUGUGAAACUGUUUCUAGACCUGUACAACAUUUCAGAAGUGGCCUUCUAUCAAGCCCAGAUCCUUUUAGUGGUUUGGAAUGUCCUUAAUGACCUGACUGUGUACUUUUGUGUCGACUUCAAGGCUGAUUGCAGGGUAGGUCGUUGUCUUUCCGCCCUGUUCGGAUCCCUUCUGUGUGCGGCAGCCUUCCUGCUCCCGUGGUUCCCUUGGAGACACUACCAGGAUGGCGACUGGCUCUGUGGACUUCACCUGAUGGCGUCCCUGUGUGCUGUUGACAGCACACUCACCUACGUGCAACAGGCCCACUGUAGAUUCUUUGUAGAGACUUUCAAUAGACACGAAAGCAGGCUCCAACUGAUGAAAAUUAACCAAGUGGCAUCAAUGGUAGGAUCUAGUGGCGUCCUUUUCUGUGGCCUCAUCUCUGGUAACCUGGACGUUCUGCCCAACUUUCAGGCUGCAGCUACUGUCAUUGCCUUUGUGGCGGCUGCCAGCCUUUAUGCUGGCAUGUACCACAUGCGACAAUUGGAACUUAAAAGAAGUCCCGAGGAAAGCUUUCUCUUGGAAAGUGAGCAGGAUGUUGCCUGGACCUCUGUCUUCUUGCUGAUGAGGCAAAUCUUAACCCAGAAAAACUACUACCUUUUUUUAAUCAUGAAUGUCUUCCAAGUUUUCCACUUGACCUUCUUCAACAACUUCAUGAUGAUCUUUGCAGAUAUUCUUAUUCCCAGAGAUGUUCUUUCUUCUUUCACGAGAAGCAUUUUGUACGGGGCAGGCUUUAUUUGCUCACAGGGCCUCGUACUCAUCAUCUGGCCCUGGCUGAAGAAAUUUGGUUACUAUAAGGUCAUCUUAAUUUCCUUCUACCUAGAGGGAGCAGCGUCAUUUGUCAUGCUGCGUCUGGGACAGGAGAGCUACCGCUGCCUGGCCCUUUACCUCGCUGCCACCACGGCACUUAUACAGGCUGCUUCUUGCCUAUUUGAUCUGCCGCUGGCUGAUAUGAUCGAUGCAGUUUUACUGAAGUUCGACAGACAGCGGCCCAUUUCUGCAGUAGUUUUUGGCUUCAACGCGUUGUUUACCAAACCUGCUCGAGCUUUAGUUCCGGUGCUGAUGCUGGCGAGGUUGGAGAAGUAUGACUUCCGGAACCCCGACAGCAGUGCAGUGUUAGAUCUUCAAGACUUUGUGUUCUGUUUGGUUUGCCUGGUCCCGCUGGGCAUCGUGGCAGUUCAGAUUCUGGUUUGGAACGCUUUCUCAGUCCACAACAAGAAGGACCAGAUGGAGGCUCUUUAGAGGCAGAACCAGGUACCAGAGGAUUCCAACCCAACCGCAGGGGUUUGUCAGCUCGUAGUUUACGCUGCACCGAAGGCGAGACACAUCUUUAUAACUUCUAAUUUGUCUAGAAAGCAAAGCAAAUAAAGCAACAGUCCACCACG